AUGUCUGUGAUGACUGCCUAUCGAGCUCGAAAAUUAGAGUCACUGUCAACGAUGACUCAAAUGUCACAAGAUGAAAUUCUUCAAAAUACCAAGACAGUAUCACAGGGAUUGGAUGCAUUACGUGAUGAACAUGAAUCGAUUCGUAAAAAUAUUUUAUCUACUUUAGAAAGUUUAACAGGAGAAGAAAGAGAUUUAGCAGAAGAAAAAAUUAGAAUAAUUGAUCAACAAUUAGAACAAAUAAAUCUUGGUUUAGAAGAAGCACAAACAAUGAGUGCACUUGCUCAAUAUUAUCAAAAUGCUGAAGCUGAAAAACAAAAAUUAAAAGCACAAGUAAGAAGAUUAUGUCAGGAGAAUGCUUGGUUGAGGGAUGAAUUAAAUGGAACACAGCAACAAUUACAAUUAUCAGGACAAUUAAAUGCACAAUUAGAAGAAGAAAAAAAACAUUUAGAAUUUAUGUUAUCAAUUAAAAAAUAUGAUGCAGAUCAACAUGAAAAUGAACAAAAAGAAUCAACAAUGGAACCAUCAGUUAAUACAUCUUCAACACUUCAAGAACUUGGUUUUGGACCAGAAGAAGAAGAUGAAUUAGUAGCUUCAACUAAUAAUUAUCCUCAACCUACACCAGCUAAUGCUAUGGCAGCUUCUGCUAAUGCUGGUUAUGAAGUCCCAGCUAGACUUCGUACAUUACAUAACUUAGUUAUUCAAUAUGCUGCUCAAGGUAGAUAUGAAGUUGCAGUACCAUUAUGUAAACAAGCAUUAGAAGAUUUAGAAAGAACUAGUGGUCAUGAACAUCCUGAUGUUGCUACAAUGUUAAAUAUACUUGCAUUAGUUUAUAGAGAUCAAAAUAAAUAUAAAGAAUCAGCUAAUCUUUUGAAUGAAGCUUUAAUAAUUAGAGAAAAAUGUCUUGGAGAAAAUCAUCCUGCCGUUGCAGCAACAUUAAAUAAUUUAGCUGUUCUUUAUGGUAAAAGAGGAAAGUAUCGUGAUGCUGAACCAUUAUGUAAAAGAGCAUUAGAAAUUCGUGAAAAAGUUCUUGGAGAAGAUCAUCCAGAUGUGGCAAAACAAUUAAAUAAUUUAGCAUUAUUAUGUCAAAACCAAGGAAAAUAUGAUGAAGUUGAAAAAUAUUAUACACGUGCUGUUAAAAUUUAUGAAUCUAAACUUGGACCAGAUGAUAUGAAUGUAGCAAAAACGAAAAAUAAUUUAUCAUCUGCUUACCUUAAACAAGGAAAAUAUAAAGAAGCUGAAAAUAUUUAUAAACAAAUUUUAACAUCAGCACAUGAAAAGGCAUUUGGACCGGUAUCAGAAAAAAAUAAACCAAUUUGGCAAAUUGCUGAAGAAAGAGAAGCAAGUAAAAUUGCUAAUAAAGAUCCAGAAACAUUUCCUGAUUAUAGUGGAUGGCAUAAUGCUGUAAAAAUUGAUAAUUUAACAGUUACAACAACAUUAAAAAAUCUUGGUGCUUUAUAUCGAAGACAAGGAAAAUAUGAAGCAGCUGAAACAUUAGAAGAUGUUGCUUUAAGAGCUAAAAAACAGUUAAUGGAAACAACCAGGCAGUCCAAAGGUUACUUUGGCACAAAGGGAAUUUCUCAAUCCACUCUAGAUGAGGUUUCUAAUGAUCAUAGUGUCAUGCAUCAAAUGAAUCCUGCUUUGUCAGCUUCUAUAAUGGAUGAUUCUUCAGGGUCAACACCUCAACGAUUAAUGUCCACUUCAACAUCAUCAUCAAAUAUCAAACAAAAACUUUUGGGAAUGCUUGGUGUACAAUCAUCACAAUCAUGA